AAAAGGUUUCCUUAUCUAAUCUUGGCCCGCUGGCCGAGCCGCCGCUCACUCAAUAACCGCCCGAUGCUCGGCCAUUUAUCAAACGGCGUCGCGGCGGUCGGUUGGCGGUCCGGCAAGUGCGAAAUUUAUGGCCCGGAACGAGGAGUAUCGGAUCGGUGACAGAAAGUGCAAAAAUAAUGACAAACUCGAGUAGACAAACAACGACUGCGGUUCCAAUGAAAAAGUGUCAAGUGUAAACAAUCAACAAAUCGAGCGGCCAAAAUAAUUAAAAGCGGAAACGGCAUAACCAGCUCAAUUGUUAAGACCAAAGAACUUAAUUGUGAUUAGGCCGCAAAAUGCCCAACAUGUUGCCAACGAUCGAGGAGGAGGGCAAGUUGUCCUGGCUGCGUCUCAUGUGGCGAUAUCGCCUGCAGUUUCAAUCCAUGGCCUCAGCUUCCAUAGUAUUUGUGGGCUGUGGCAUGCGCCUGGCCUGGUCCAUCUUCGACACUCCCGCAGGAAAGUUCUUGAACAAUAAGAAUACCCAUAAUUUGAUGAUGAGUUGGUUCAUUGGCGCCGCCUUGGGUGCAAUUCUGGCAGCUCUCUUUGUCCAGCGGGUCACCAAGAAUGUGGCUUAUACCUCUAGUGGCUUCCUGUUGAUCAUGGCUGGCAUCCUGAAUGUGGCUUUUCCGCAACACUUCCUGGCCGCCUGCUACAGUAGCGUGGGUGUAGGAGCAGCAUAUGGUCUCACCCAGAUCCAGGCUCUCAUUACAGGUUCGGAGGUGGCUCACAAAUCCAUUCGCGGCAUGCUGGUCAGUUGCGAGCGGAUCUUCCUGUGGCUCGGCGUCUGUGUCCAGGUUUUCUACACCCGAGUGUGGCACAACCUGGAGCCGCUGGAGUCGCAAGGAUACGGCCUCCAUGUGGACCAACUGCACGGCAUAGCGAUGGCAGGUCUGGGUUUGGGGGCUGUCAUCCUGGCGCUGUCCCAUCGCCUGGAAUCGCCGCUGCUGCUGUUGCAUCAGGAAAGGGAAAUGGCGGUGAGUGAAACUCUAAAGGCUCUCCAUGGACAAUCCACCACGGAACUGGUGAGGCUGAGGGAGGACUGCCGGCAGCUGCACAGUGCCCGGGACUGGGAGCGCUUCGUGGAGGAGCCCGAGGAGUCGGAAGGAGGCUGGAGACAAUGGGCCAGGCGUGUGCUGCCCUUCCUCAAGGUCCUGCUGCUGCGGUGCUUCGCCACUUUGGCCAUAUCCCUGAGCUACAAUCGGGCCUUCCUGGUGGUCAGCUGGCAUGGCCUGGAGUGCGACAUGAACUGCCUGUACUGGCUGGCCUUCGCAGGACUCUUUGGCAGUGUAAUCGGAGCCCUUGUCGUGGACUGGCAGGGUCGCAGGAAACUCUGCUCCCUGUCCCUCUUCAUGGCUGGCAUUGUGAUCGUGAUGGUGGGCGGGGUGUUUGAGCAUUUGGAGUCCGUGAAGAAAACCUUCUACGACAUCAACCUGCAGGCCAUAGCCCUGCUGAUGCUCCUCUUCGAGAUCAUUGUGGCCGGCGGUGUGGCAGUUCCCGCUCUGGUCUACACAUCCGAGGCCUUUAGCAUCGCCCACAAGGCGAGGUGCCUGGCCGGUGUCCUGAUCCUGGAGCAGUUGCUCCAGCUGGCUCUCCUGCUGGCCACCUUCGAGCACUGCAUCACCGUUUCGGUGUUCUUCUUCACGAUCGGUGGCCUGAGCUUUGUGGUGGGGCUGAUGGUGUUCAUGCUUCUGCCGGAGACCAAGCAACUCACCCUCUACGAGUGCCUGCUCAAGUUCAAGAAGGUUCCUUAAGGCACCGUCGUAUCGUAUCUCCAAGUGCUAAUAUAUGUGCUAUCUGUGCCUAUCUGUUAUCUAUUUUUAUGUGCCGUAUAUUCCCAUAUGCAUGUGACUGUUUAAUCGUAUCUAUAGGUUACUGGAGUGCCUCCCUCGUCUUUCGUAUGCUUCCCUCAUAAGGUUAAUCUUCACUUAUAUAAGAAAGAAUUUGAACAGAAAAACUGUUUCAAAAACCAUAUAUUUAAAUAGGCUUAUCCAUUUUCCUAUGGUUUUGAUCAAGGAAGGAGGGUUAAGAACCUUAAUUUUAAUGCUGCAUUUAUUAUAAAUGAUAGUUGUAUGUAUUUAAGUAAAAGAAAAUAUUUUUAAAACAUCUAUUACA